AUGGUCAGACUAGAAUAUAUUACUGAUUAUUUCAAGUUUAUCUCUCAGUUGCAAGACUAUGCUGAUGAGAAUGGGCUGGAGUUACACCAUGGAUUCGAUUUUAGUUCGGUGCCUGUCAUCGAGUUUAAUUACCUUAAAGACCCCUCAGCUGAGUACGCUAUAACUGAAGAAGAACUUGACAAACUGGCAGACACGGACCGCAAACUUUUGCCUUCUGCAUGGGUUGUGAACAAUAUAAGAACACUGAGUUAA